AAAAUUAUCACUUGCCCCCUUUGCUUGGAGCCCAUGGACUCGGACGACGCUUCCUUUUACCCCUGCCCUUGUCUUUAUCAGGUCUGUCGUUUUUGUUGGGCUAAAAUACUGAAUGAGGAAAAUGGCUUGUGUCCCGCAUGCAGACAGGUUUGCUUGGACGUAAACCCUCCAAACGAAAAAAAGAAGGUUAUUCAGACUAAUCUCGUUUUCGUCGUCGGUUUACCUCAAUGGAUCUCAAAGGAUAAAGAAAUUCUGAAGAACGUUGAAUACUUCGGACAAUUUGGGAAAGUAUUUAAAGUGGAAGUCAAUCCCAAUCCGAAUUUCACAAAUCCUCAGCUGGCCUUAAUGAUGUCACGGGCAGUACCUUUACGCGUGCUGAUUAGCGGCAACGGAUCUGAAAAGCUCCACCAAUUCUUUUCUCCAGUGACGGAGGCCGAAAACCGAAGGCCCCAGAACUGCUUCCAUGUCUUGGUCAACGGUGUUGAACCAAGUCUUGGGUUGCCCUUCCCUUCGACGCCUCCAGGAGGGCUGCGGCGCCGAAUCGGGGGUAGAAUAAAAAAGCUCAUGAGGUGGACAAAGAAGAAGGUGUCCAAGCUAUCUCAGUCAUCUUCCUUGGAUCACCUGUGA